AUGCCGCUCGAUAACAAAAGUUCUGGGCUAUUGAAUGAUUUCUUCGCCUCAGAGACGCAGGUACAAGCAUGGCUGCUUGUUCAUACUCCAAACCAACCAAGAAAGGAUCUUUUCCAGCCUCCCGAUGAGCCAGGCCAGGCUCUUCACCAUGCAUGCUACCUUGGCUUGACUGGCACCGCCAAGUACUUAAUAGAGAAUGGUGCCACCGUCGACUGCACCACAGAGAGCGGAGUGACCCCCUUAAUUCGAGCAGCUGAGUAUUUCAUAUGA